UCGCGAAAUAACAUGAACAUAAAAAGCAUCCUGGAAAGGACUGUUUCGUUGAACAUCGAAGUCUCGAGUGUCCGGUUCGCGUGUUUUAGCGGUUUUAGCAGAAAUUUUGUGGUUGUGUCGUUUAUUUUAUCUAGUAUACGCAUAAUAUUUAUAGGGGUCUCCUUCGUCCUUCAAAUGCCCAACAAUGAAUCGUGCUCGCCGCAGCACCGCCGUUUACAAAAAGCCAACUAGGAAGCAGGUUAGUGACGAUGAUUUCGAAAGUGAUGGAUUUGAAGACGAACCCGACGAUACCGCUGACUUCUCGGCCAGCGAAGACGAGUGGCUCCCCGGGAAGGAUAAAAACUCUAGGAGUGACACUGAAGCUCAUGCAACCGUGUCGGACGACGAGGUGUCCGAGGAUGUUUCGGAGAUCGAGAAUGACCUUGAAGAAGACUCCGGAAGUGAAGGAAGUGUUGUAGCAGCUAAAGGCAAUAGAGCCAAAAGAUCAUCAACAGCACCGACAAAACCGUUACCUAAAAAGAAAAGACUUUCGCCCGCGUCAAGGGUCGAAUUGUACAAGCGCACCAAGAAGUACUUGCUAAAAGAAGCAGAUCCUUCUUCAUCGCCAAUAAAUUCCAGUGUUUCCGAUAUUCUCAAGCAAUGUCAAUUCCAGAAAAAGAGAGAUUUCUCUCACAAUUCAACACAGUCUUCUUCAACGGCGGAGCGCGAAAAAAUAAAAAAGCCAAAUGAUGGUGACGCAUCGGACAGCAGCGGUGAUGAUCAUCUUAUGAACCCAGAAGAGUUGGACUUAUCUUCCAAGUUCUUCGAUAAAAUUGAGACAAUGAAGCAGCAAACGGUAGAAACUGUUCCACAGUUCGAUUGCAAUGCAGGCAUGCGCUUGUCGGAUAGUUCGGAUGACGAUCAAGCAGAGGAAAAUAUUCCAGCGUCUAUUCAAAAAGUCGCCGCACAACAGUUGAUAAGCAAGAUCAAUGAGUCUUCCGGUGAGUUCAUGAAUUUCAACAAUCUGGGCGAGUUCAACAAGAAAAUGGAAGAGGCGAAGAAGCUGCUAAAAGACUAUCAGUCUAAGGAGAGCCAGGAGUGCACGCAAAAAGCUGGAGAAGCCGGAGAAGAUGUUUCAAAUUUAUUGGCUCUGGGUGAGACGGAAGCUGGCAUCUCACCUGGAAAAAGAAUUGAUGCUGGCCAGCAGAACGAGGAAGCGAGUGAAGAAUCCGAUUGGGAAGAAGUGGAAGAGGCCAAAAAAAGUCAAACAUCGGAGAAAUUGGCAAAUGAUUAUGAGAUAACGGUGGAAGUGGAAUCAACCAAAUCGAAAAAGAAGCGUUGGGAAGAAAUUGAGAUGGAGUUGUACAUCAAAAGACAAAUUAAUAAGGUAAAGCGAGCCAAUCAACUGGCGUUCCAUAAAAGUAGUGUCCUCUGUGCGAUAGCAGCCGGAAAGAAGAUGAAUGAAAUUGUUAACUCCCAGGAAUUGCGAGGUAUGGCUCUAUCCCUAAUGCAAUCUAAUCAAUGCACCUUGAAAGGAAAGCUGGAUGGGAAGUCUGUUGAACAGCUGAUGAAGUGGUUUAAAAACGAAUUCAAACUAAUCAAUGAGCAAAUUUUGGGUCCGAAAACUGCGUGUUUCAGAUUUACGUUGGCCUUGGAACUUUUCACGAAAAACGUGAUUUGCAAGAGAGACUACAUUUUAUUGUUUUUGAUUUGCCUACGCCUUGCUGGAGUCGAGUGCAGAUUAAUGAUUUCUGCCAACGUUCCUCCGAAGCGCCCAGCUAUGAAGGACCUCUGUCCCAUCUCAGAGAGGCAAUUAAUCAAAGACUUUGAGAAACAAUUUAAACAUAAGUCUAAUAAAGUCUCACCUGCAGGAGAAAGUGCUGAAACCGAUGCAAAAACAGAUGAAAAAGUUGUGGAUGUUAAGGAGGACACGAAAGGGUCAAUUGACAUAGUGACACAGAUCAAGCAAACCGUAACAGUAGAACCUUCUAAAACGGUAGUCAAAAUGGAAACAAUGCAAGAACACGCGAAGUCUGCGAUUGCAAAUAAAACAUUAAAUGAAGACUCGAAUCCUGAAAUUCAAAAAGAAGAUCCAGUGGUACAACCACGCCGUACUAGAUCACGCACAACUAGUGCCCAGAAAAGUGAUCGCAACACUACUUCGGAAACUUCAAAGCAGUUACGCUUCUCUCUGGGGACUGAUGACUUGUCUGGGGAUCCGGCAAAGCCACCUAAGAAUAACAAUCGACCGAUUAGAUCCGCUCUAAAAAGCUCAUCCUCGCCUAAGGUAGCACUGAAACGUAUAACUCUCGAUAAUCUGACCAUACCUCAAAUGGACGGAAUCGAUGAUUUGAAAGCAACCCCGAAAAAUAUUCCAAUUGCGCGUCGUCUACGUAAUCGCACCAAAACAACACCAGAUUCCAAUACUGCAUCACCGUUUACUAAACGUAAAACUAACACCCCUCAAGUCAAAGAGAAAAACAAUAAUCAACCUGGCAGAAUUUCUAAGAGAAAACUUUUCGUGGCCGCCAAGCAGGUCGAAGAAACAGCCAUAAUUAAACCCAAUCCUGUCAAAUCUAAAUCCUCCAAGAAUAAAAUUCUUUCGUCCGAUUCAUCUGAUGAGGAGCAGUCAAAGCCAUCAUUGCCGACGAACCGUCAGCCUCGUAGCGCCACCAACGGCAAAACCAAACGGCCGCCUGCAGCGACAAUACAUUCCUCGGAAGACAGUGACUUCGAAGCACCUGGUAAGAGAAAAGCCAAGCGCACCAAAAAAGUUAAAUCCGAAUCACCCGAAGCCGGCUCUAAGAAAGCGGCGGCUAGCAAAGCAAAGAAACAGACAACAAAAGUCAAGAAGGAGUUGGAACAGGUGACAUCCGCAACCGAUAGCAAGAUGAACAUGUGGAUGGAGUUCUAUUCGAUCAAAGACAAAAGGUGGAUCACGGUGGAUUUGUUCACGGGAAAAAUCAACUGCGUGGAUUAUUUGGUGCGUCAUGCUACCAGCCCCAUUAGCUACGUUUUCGGUUUUGAUAAUGAUGGGCACAUUAAGGACCUCACUCCGCGAUAUGUUCAACACUGGAACAAUGUCAGUCGAACGUUGCGUGUCGAUUCCAAGUGGCUGGAUAAAGCUCUGAAACCAUUCCAGGCAAAACUGUCAGCACGCGAAAAGCAUGAGAACGAAGAGUUGAAUAAAAUUGACAUUGACAAACCGCUUCCGACUACAAUAGCCGAAUGCAAAAAUCACCCAUUGUACGUACUAAAGCGCCACCUCUUGAAGUUCGAAGCACUCUAUCCACCGGACCUACCGAGUUUGGGCUUCGUUCGCGGCGAGGCCAUCUAUGCACGGGAAUGUUUGUUUAUACUGCAAACUCGCGAAAAAUGGUACAAGCAGGGUCGGGUGGUUAAACCGUUCGAAACGGCCUACAAGGUGGUUAAAUGUUGGAGGUACGACAAACUGAAAAACGAAUGGCUAGGGAAUCAACCGUGCGAUAUUUUCGGCAUUUGGCAAACCGAGGAGUAUGAUCCACCAACGGCGGAGAAUGGGGUGGUUCCUAGAAACGAGUACGGAAAUGUGGAACUAUUUACGCCAAAAAUGCUUCCGAAAAAGACGGUUCACUUACAGCUUCCAGGUCUCAAUCGAGUAUGCAAAAGGCUCGGAAUUGACUGUGCUCCGGUCCUGACAGGAUUCGAGAUGGCACGCAUGCGAAUGAUUCCGGUUUAUGAUGGGUUCGUGGUGUGCGAGGAAUUCGCUAACAAGGUCGUCGAAGAGUGGUACAAAGAAAUGGAGGAGGAGGAGCGUCGGGAGCAGGAAAAAUACGAGAAGCGUAUUUACGGCAAUUGGAAGCGCCUUAUAAAGGGGCUGCUGGUGCGCCGCAAACUACAAAACAAGUACAACUUUGAUAAUCUUUAAUCCGCGCUGGCAGCAGUAUUAUUGUGUUUAUGUGUUAAGUUUAAUAAUUUAAUGUUUAUAUUUCUCUUUUUAUACUCAAACUUUUAUGAAUCACAAAUCAAUAUUAUUAUACGGGUCCGUUUCUGAUCACA